GGGUAUGAGACAGUCACUGCCAAGGAGAACUACAAGCAAGAUCUAAAAAUGACCAAAUCGUAUGGAGAGAAUGGGCUGAUCCUGGCCGAGACCCCAGGCUCCAGAGGAUGGGUGCAAGAAUGCCUGAGCUCUCAGGGUGAACACGAUCUAGAGAAAAAGGAGGGCGAGAUGGAGAGUGUCAUAAAAGAAGACGAUGAAGACUCACUCAAGAAUCCAAAUGAAGAGGAGAACAUGGAAGAGGAUGAAGGGGACGAGGAGGACGAGGACGAUGAUGAUGAGGAUGAUGAGGAUGAUGACCAGAAACCCAAAAGACGAGGACCGAAAAAGAAAAAAAUGACCAAAGCCCGGGUGGAGCGAUUUAAAGUGAGACGCAUGAAGGCAAACGCCAGGGAGAGGAAUCGCAUGCACGGACUCAACGACGCCCUGGACACUCUGCGCAAAGUUGUGCCCUGCUACUCCAAAACACAAAAGUUGUCUAAGAUUGAAACUCUUCGCCUGGCUAAGAACUACAUCUGGGCUCUUUCUGAGAUUUUAAGGUCGGGCAAAAGUCCAGACCUGGUGUCCUUUGUACAAACUCUCUGCAAAGGUUUGUCGCAGCCCACCACCAAUCUAGUAGCGGGGUGUCUGCAGCUGAACCCCAGAACUUUCCUUCCUGAGCAGAGUCAGGAUGUGCCGUCGCAUAUGCAAGUAGCGAGCUCUUCCUUCCCUCUGCACCCCUAUCCCUAUCAGUCCCCUGGUCUUCCCAGUCCUCCCUAUGGUACCAUGGACAGCUCCCAUGUAUUCCACGUCAAGCCUCACUCCUAUGGGGCGGCCCUGGAGCCCUUCUUUGACAGCAGCACCGUCACUGACUGUACCAGUCCGUCAUUCGAUGGUCCUCUGAGCCCACCCCUUAGUGUUAAUGGGAACUUUACUUUUAAACACGAGCCUUCUUCGGAGUAUGAUAAAAACUACAUGUUCACUAUGCACUAUCCUGCAGCCACUAUAUCCCAGGGCCACGGAUCAUUGUUCUCCACUGGAGCACCACGUUGUGAAAUCCCAAUAGACACCAUCAUGUCCUAUGACGGUCACUCCCACCACGAAAGAGUCAUGAGUGCCCAGCUAAAUGCCAUCUUUCACGAUUAACCCUUGGAAGAUCAAACGAAUUUAUCUGUGCAUUGCCAGGACUGUCUUGUUUACAAAGGGCAGACACUUGGGUAGUAGAAGUGCAAAUGCCCCACUCUGGUGUAAGAAACUUUAUCUGUCUUUACUAUGGGGACCUGCAGUUCCACCUAAUGUAUUAUUUCCCACCUCUAUCCGAUUGCCACUCCUUAAAUUCGGGAACGUGUUAUUUAUCUGAACCAGAUAUAUAUAAUAAUAAAAAAAAAACAAUAAUCACAAGCAAUAAUUAGGAUCUAUGCAAUUUUUUUUCAACGAAUAGUGGGCCAAUUAAAGAAAUAUAUAUAUAGAAAUAUAUUUUUCAACCGACAUUUUCCUACUUGUUAUUGUACCCAUGCCGAAUCAUUUUCUUGUGAUUUUUUUUUGUACAGGAUUUGUAAUGAACUUUUUAUAAUGUAAAUGUUCCUAUUUUAUGAAAAAAACAGCUCCAUCAAUUUUUUGUUAUACUUAAGGAAAGUAGAAUUAUAUCUAAUUUAUACGAAAUACGUUUAACUGAUUUAAACCAGCAACAAAGUGCUUAGAAAGUUGUGUUGCCUUAGAGACAAAAACACACACUAAUUCUAAACAAAAUAUUCUUGCAAUGGUUUCUUUUUUUUGGUAGAUUCCAUUCUAUUUCUGCAAAAUUCUACAAAAGUCAUCAGUAAUGAUUCUUUUUCCAAAUAAAUGCUGCUUGACUAUCAUAAACAUAUUUGCACUUUGUCCUUUUAUUUUGCGUCGUUAUUUUAGACAAAAUAUUUGAAUAACUAAAACCUUCUUUCCAAAAUAUGUUCUAACAGGUUCUAUUGCACCUAUUAAUGGUGAUUGAAUUGCGUGUGGGUUAUACUCAAUUGUCCCUUUAAUGCAGUAGUCGCAACCAAUGGCAACCUUAUAAUAGAAUCGGUGGAUAGCGUCAUAGAUAUCGCAUGUUAAUUCAGUGCAAAUUAUAAGCGCUGUUUCAAGUGUAUUGCUGGGUCACAUGGAAUUGAUUUUGUGCUGUCAUCUUGUUUGUAAUCAUGUCUAUGCUAUAAUGUACUGCACACUGGAGGCUCAGAGCACACAGGUUCAUCUGAAGUGAUACUUUUGGUGAAAAUAUUGCAUUUCUUCUUUAAUAUGUUUUUUUUUUUUCUGGACCGUAUGCAAUUCCUAUGGGAUUGGUGCAUUGUUUAUUAUUUGUAGAAUAAAAUGAUUAAAACAAGA